CAGAAACUCGAAGUGUUAACUGACCGUUUGCACGCAGCACAGAACAGUUGCGUUUGGAACGCGUGAGAGUUAAGAACAUUCGUAAGUUGUGCUUCUGCUCGUGUGCACACACAAAUCGCUAGAGAAAUAAGUUAAAGCCAUAUUUUGGAAUUUUAAAAAUUUGUUGCAAAAUUGGCGUAGAGUGAAAAGGUAACGGAAAAAAAUAAAAGUAAUGCGUUGUGCGAUUCUGAUCUUUGCGGCCGUUGUCGGUGCUGCAGCGGGUCGCAGGUAUGAUGAUCCGUCAAUAUCAGCAAGCUAUGCCUUGCCUGCUAGUGUUACCAGUGCUGUUGCGGCAUCGCGUUUGAGUAGUGAAGGUACAACAACUGCUGCUGUGCCUACUCCUGCUAAGGCAAGCCCCACAAAUGCAAGUCCAACUACAACAACAUUAGCAGCGGAGGCCUCCAGCGAAGUUGAUGGCGGCGCCAUAAGUGAAAGUACUACGGAACAAGCGGCAUCAAGCACAAACACUGCUCUUACUUCAGUUUCCAGCACAACGCAGCCACAAGUGAAACCACCACAGAAUGAGGAAGCUGGUGGCGAAACGUUGACUGAGUUGCCUAUUGCCUCACCACCAACAGUACUUUUGCCUCCAGACAGCGAUGCGGAUGCACCACAGCGGCGGGUUGUCACCUAUGACCAGCGUCAGGAGGGCCAAUAUAAUAUACGCGCCGAUUUGGAGAAUUUCAUGAUUGUACUCAUACCACCCUCGCCCUCGGAGGGACUGAAUCUACUCGAUCUACUUACGAAGUCCGCUCUGAGACGUAAUACUUUACGUUCUAAAUCCAAGCGCAAGCAUUUUAGAAAUGGCGCUGACUCAACCAAAUAUCGCCAUCCAUUGAAGUCGUCCGCUACGUUGCCGACGAGUUUGCAAUAUGUUGGGCGCCAGCAGUCGUCUGGUGGCUUGGAUGGUUCUCGCGGUUAUCUGAAUGCAUCACCUUUUCCGCAGACGCCAUUUGAUGCUUUCAUAGGCGCUCACGGUUCCCCAUCAUCGGUGCUCUCCACACUGGCAGUGCCUUCAAAUCGCUUAACGGAUUUCAUUGAGGGUCGUACGACAUCACGCUUUGACAUUGCCGCCAGUGAAGAGGAUGCUUCAGCUGAUUUACAUCCUGAUCGCCCAGUGGAUGUUUUACCACCACCAUACCCAUUAGCCUAUCAGCACCUCAUCAAACCGUAUCACCUUGAAGCCGAACCGACAGUCAUACAAGCUUUGCCGCCACCAGAAUUGAAUAGCGCAACCGCACGUAUUUCCGGAAAUUAUCUCGAUAGCUACAAUCAACUUCUUGCGCCUGGUCUUUCGGCCGGUCAUAAUGCUGCCACUGGCGAUGUUGCUACUAUUUCGACCACCACAACUACUUCGGCGGCCAUACCAACCGACAGUAACACUGGCUAUUACCGCCUUUCACGUGCUAUACGCGGUGAUAGUUAUCUAGAUACGAACCGCGUUAAUUCACUAAAUAGCAUACACCAAAGCGACAUGCAGCCAAUUUAUCGUGCCGAUCACUCGUUGGGUGCUACUUAUCUUUACCCGCCGAUCGAUACACCUCGUCUCUACUUCAAUCCAGAGUCAAGCGGCAAAGGUUUUGAGGCGCCGCACGAUGCCGUAGAUCGCUCGCAGGUUGUUGACGAUGUUGACGAUAAUGCACGCGUGGGUGAGAUGUAUGUGCCGCCGCGUGAACUGAAGGAUGACAUUGAGUGGGAACAGUUUUUCGAUUCUAUAGCCAAGGAAGCAAACGAUUCAUUGUGCCUGCCCGGCCAACGACGCGACAGCUACGGCAGAUGCCGUCAAGUUGAAGGCUAUUGAGUUUGAAGACUGCUCUGAACUACACACUAAUAUCUUUAAUAAUAAUAAAUAAAAUAAAUAGAUUUAGUGAAAUUGGACGAAAGUUUAAUUACUUAGUAGUUUUUUAAGAAGUGAAAAGUUAAAAACCCCAAGCAUUUAAAAUUUAAAAUUGUUU